UUUACAUUAUCUCUCUUUUUCCUGUAUCUCCUUGUGCUUUGCAUGGUGAAUUGGUGAUGGAUAGUUGCAGAGAUCAGUUAUUGUAGCGAUGCAACACAUUCAUGGCUUCUCUCCUCCAAGAGAAACCUCAACACUCUCCCUCCUUAUUCCCUCCUCAAUUACCAGACGACUUCACACCUCCAACAAGUCCGCUUCUUGUUCUGUCUCUCAUGGCACAGACAGAAAGAGUUCCCUGUAUAAAUCCCAAAUCCUCUCUCUGAAAACCAAUCUCAAACGACUUACUUCCCGUGUCGUCGAGCUUACCCGUAGAAGGCAACUCCAUCAGAUAUUUGAGGAAAUUGAGAUUGCCAAGCGACGUUACGGGAAGCUGAACACCAUUGUGAUGAAUGCAGUCAUGGAGGCUUGUGUUCACUGUGGUGAUAUUGAUUCAGCCCUUCAAAUAUUUGGUGAGAUGUCAAAACCAGAGAGCUGUGGUGUUGAUUGUGUCACCUUUGGAACCCUUUUAAAGGGUUUGGGUGAGGCUAGAAGAAUUGAUGACGCAUUUCAAUUACUCGAAUCUAUAGAGCAAGGUGCUGCUGCAGGGAGUCCAAAGCUGUCACCGACACUCAUCUAUGGUCUUUUGAAUGCUUUGAUCGAAGCAGGAGAUCUCCGCCGUGCCAAUGGUCUUGUUGCACGUUACCGCUUUUUGCUACAUGAAGGAGGUGGUCCAUCAAUUUUGAUGUACAACUUAUUAAUGAAGGGAAAUAUAAAAAUGGGUUUUCCUCAGGAUGCUUUAACUUUGCAUGAUGAAAUAGUACGCCAAGGAUUGAAGCCAGAUCAGCUCACCUAUAAUACCCUGGUUUCUGCAUGUGUCAAGGCUGGAAACUUGGAGUUUGCUAUGCGAUUGUUUGCAGAAAUGAAGGAUGAAGGACAGAAGGUUAAGCGUCGUGAUCUAUUUCCUGAUGCUGUCACUUACACUACCUUACUUAAGGGUUUUGGGCAUGCCAUGGAUCUCCUUUCAAUUCAGAAGAUUGUGAUGGAAAUGAAAUCAUCACAUGGUCUAUUUAUUGAUCGAAUUGCAUACACUGCAAUAAUUGAUGCAUUGUUAAAUUGUUACUCAAUUAAAGGUGCUCUUUGUCUAUUUGGGGAGGUAUUGAAGCCAAGUGGUCAAAAUCCAGACCUGCGGCCGAAGCCCCACCUUUACAUUUCAAUGAUGCGGACAUUUUCUUUUCUUGGAGAUUAUAGAAUGGUGAAAACUUUACAUACACGCAUGUGGCUAGAUACGGUAGGAACUAUUGCUCCUCCUGUUCAAGUAGAAGCUGAUGAGCUUCUCAUGGAAGCAGCAUUGAACAAUGGUCAGGUUGAUGUGGCUAGACAAAUUUUAUCAAAUAUUAUUACAAGAUGGAAAGUGACGUCUUGGACAAGCAGAGGAAGCAUGGUUGCUGUGUGUAUAGAGGCUUUGUCUGGAUUCACCCUAUCUACACUAUGUCCUCACGUUCUAUAUCAGGUUCCAUUGAGUGAUCCUAUUGAGAAUAUCAUGACUCCAUUUGCAGAAGCCCAUCCAUUACAUUUUACCUUGGACUUGAAGAAAGUGGUGAUGCGAUUUUUUAGUGCACCUGUUGUCCCUGUCAUUGAUGACUGGGGCAGCUGUAUAGGACUAGUGCAUCGAGAAGACUGCUAUGAGGUACUAUUCCAUUUCCACUAUUUAUUUCUAAAAUUCUUAAGGUGGUUGAGUGGUUCCAUCUACUGUCUAUUUUUCUUGGAUUAG